AGGUGCGGACCUCCUACUGAGCAGCAGGAUCAGAGUUUUACAGUCCAGACUGAAGACCAGGACGCAGACUGAUCCUGGAUCAGAGGAGAGGAGUUAAAGCAGAGAGGAAGAGGACUGAAACCUGACCUCCUCCUCUUCUCCUCCUCUUCUUCUCCUCUUCCUCCUCCUCCUCCUCCUCCUCCUGCUGCUGCUGCUGCUGCUGCAGACUGAGAGUUAACUCAAACCAGAUGGUCUCUGUUUUUAACUUCUCUGUGACGACACAAACUUCUCUCAGCGCGGAGCCGUGACUGCAGCUCAGUCUAACGGAGUGUGUGUCCUGAUCAGCUGACAGGACGGAGGACAGAGACAGCAGACACUGAGACACAGCAGGAGGACACUCCGAGGAGUCUUCUGUCCAUCUCUAGAGCACAUGAUGUCCAUGAGGAGGAGGCAACAUGCAGCUCGGCUGCUCUGAGACCAGCUCCUCUGCUCCUGGGAUCAGCCCGCUGCGCACCCAGACUCCGCCUGGAUUAUCACUGAUUUAAGACCGGACUCGGUUUUUACCGGACCCCCUUUGGGUUCACAUGAGAGUGGACUCUGUUUCAGACUCUGAAGGAUCCUCCUGUAAAUUCGGCUCUGGUUUGAUCCAUCAGAAACCUCCUUAUCUUCCUAACUCAACAGUCCCGUUACUUUGAUGUGCGGAGGGAACUUUAGCGAGGAGCCUUCAGAGAGGAGAUGAAGGAGAUGAAGGUGAUGAAGAGGAGGGAGGUGAAGUGAUGCGGUGCCUCCUGGCUUCAGCCGGGAUGCUGCUCCGCCGCCGCUCCUGCUCCUGCUCCUGCUCGGGGCCGCUGCUGCUCCUGCUCGGGGUGUCGGUGUGUCUCUUCUACCAGACCCUGAUGGUGGCCCGGAACCGGCUCCGCUCCGGACACCAGCAGCCCGCAGCCGCUCCCGACACCCGGGUCCUGAUGGAGGAGGAGACCAGGAGGGUCAUCGCUGCUCUGGAGACCCUGCAGGUCCAGGUCUGGUCCCAGCAGCCCCCCCGGCGGCAGCGGGCUGUGGUUCUGACGGGUCGUCACCAGCUCUCUGACCCUGAGGUCCAGCUGUACCAGCAGGUCCUGAAGAACCUGGACUACCAGGUCCAACUGUCCAGAUACGCUGAGACCAGCAGUGUCCUCACAACCAAUCAUGGUGUGAGUGGGUGGAGCCUGCUGCUGUGUCUCAGUAGUUCGGAGAGAAGCUGUCUGAGGAGGAUCUCCUUCUCUCACCUGCAGCACCAUCAGACGGUGAACCUGUUGCCGGGGGUGAUGGAGGCGUUCUCUGAUGCAGGUGGAGGUCUCUGUCACUUCUACACUCGCUCACACCUGACAGGGUCUGAAUUACCCAUGAGGCCACAUGCCUGUGGAUCGAUCAGUCGGAAGCUUCAGGUUCCUGAGGACUCAGUGGGAGGCAGCAGUCACUCACCUGUUGGAGCUCCGCCUCCUGCUCUGGUUGCCAUGGUGAAUGUUUACGUCCUGGUGACCUCCAUGAAGCCACUUACUUCCUUCCUGCAUGACAUCAGUGUGGUAACAACCAAUCAGGAACAGCGGGGACGACCCACAAAGCUCAGGAACUUCCUGCUGCAGCAGGUGGGCCCAGCCACCUCCCAUGAGGCUUUGGGGCAGGUGAAGAAGGUGAUAGGUGAGGUGCUGCAGGCCGCCAUGUCGACCAAUGAGAAACAACAAAUGAACAGGUGUGUGUUAUGUUACCAGCUGUUGACCUUCACUCUGCUGUUCAGCGGCUCCGUCAUACCUGUCGUCGUCCAGGUGGAGACUGACCUGACGUUUUCUUCUCUGAGCGACGACACGUUUGACAGACAGAUCACCAAAGACCUGAUCCUGGAGGACACACUGCACUUCCUGCUGCCCAUGCAAGCCCACCUGUCCUCAGAGACUCACCUGUCCUCAGAGACUCACCUGUCCUCAGAGACACACACUCAGACGGAGGGGAGACAGUACGGUGGCUGCAGAGGGACACACGGGGUCUGUCUGUCAGAGAACGAGUUUCUUCUUCUGCUCCAGUUUCAGAGACAGAUGAAGACGCCUUCAGGUUUCCAGCUGUUGUAUCCCAGCACCUUGUCCUCCUCUUCCUCCUCCUCCUCCUCCUCCUCCUCUGGUCCCCUCAGUGUCUCAGAUCUUCAGAUCAGGAUCAGUCGUCACUACGAGCUUCAGAGGAACCAGAGUCACAGAACCGAUGAGACAGACGAACGGACCAAUCAGGAGUCAGCUCUAUCCUCCUCACAGGACGGGUCUGAAGGUUCCUGUGUGGACCCCCACCUCAGACAGAUCUACACCGACCCCCCCCUCACUCUGACUCCGCCUUUCAGCCCCUGGGUGAAGGAGUAUCGUGCUGAGGUCACCUUCGACACCGUGACGGUUCGGAUCCGACCACAGCCUGUCAGCUCGGCCUGCAGGGUUCACCUGGACGAGCACCGAGGGCCCAGGAUGGCGAACUACCCGGUUGGCCUUGGCAACAGCAGGAUCAGCAUCCUGGUGACAGACACUGCCGAGCCGGAGCCCGUCGUCAUGACGAUCUACACCGUGCACGUGUACCGUGAAAGCCGCCCAAGCCUGCCCAUGUUCGGGGAUCAUGUGAUGUGCAGCUUCCUGCAGGACUGUGGACUGCUGGUCCAGCCCGGUCUGUCCUGUGGUCUCCAGCCUCUCGUGGACACUCAGAGUUCACUUCACGCCUGCAGUUCAGGACACGCCCCAGGGCGGUGGGUGGUCCCGUGUCUCAGCUGCUCUGACAACAGGACGUGUGAUUGGAGGGAGGUUGCCUGGCGACCAGACAGCUGUUACCAUCCGUUAGUGGACCGCCUCCUGCUGCAGGACUGUCUGACGGACAGGAAGGUGCUGUUCAUCGGCGACUCCACCAACCGCGGGAUGAUGUACCUCCUGAUGGAGCGCGUCAACUCCAGUCUGGAGGACUGGGGGAAGGCUCAUGACACGCUGGUGUACAGGAACCUGAACGGGGGGCGGAGUCAGGUCAGCUACUCGUACUAUCCUCAGUUCUGGUUGGAGAAGACGCAGAGACCCACCUUCAGACAGGCGCUGCUGCAGCUGAUCGACAGGUCACGACCUCUGGUCAACUCCAACCGGACAGUGCUGGUGGUGGGAGGAGUCCAGUGGCUCAACACCAACCACCUGAGGACGGUCAGAGAGGUGCUGGACAGAGAGUCUCUCAGUGACAUCCUGGUGGUGGUGAAAUCUUUGGGGAUGGGUUUCCAUCUUCCUGUGGACGGGAUCCGGUCUCUGAGUCUGACAGAGAUCCAGGAUCUGUACAGAGAGAACCAGAACAUCAUCAGCACAGCAAAGCAUCAUGGGUACGAGGUCAUCGACACCUUCAGCAUCACCAUGGGUCGAUACAAAGAGUUCCUGCAGGGAAGAUGUGCCUGCCACUUUCAUGAGGUGGAGAAGUUUUGGUCCUCCAGGACUUCAGACGAUACGACAUCCACGACCAACAGAACCAGAUCCUUCAGAACUGCACCUCAACUCAGCAGCCAAUCAGCAGUGCAGGACCUGGACCAGGAAGCGUGGCCUAAAGCCUCGUCCUAUCAUGUGAGAGGACCAGUGAACCAGGUGUACUCUGAGAUCCUGCUGAGCCGCCUGUGUCCGAAAAUGAGGAACUAAACACCUGUGUGUGUGUGUGUGUGUGUGUGUGUGUGUGUGUGUGUGUGCGUACCUGAAGGUCAGAGGAAGUCAGAGAAGCUGAAAGAAGAAACAGGUGUGACUGUUGUUUAGUUUUUUUUAGAAUAAAUGAAGACUCUCACAGAGACAGGAAAAGAAAAGCAAAGGUUAAACGUCCUCAGAUGGCGCCUGAGGUCGGGACGUACAGUAACUCGUCUCUCUAUGCAAAACAGAACCAGACACAAGAUCACCAUCGUCAGCCUUUAAAGCACCUGAAGUGUUUCCUGGUGUUAAUGACUCACCACAAACACUGAGGAGUUUCUGUCGCUCAGCAAGAACUCUGCUGUGUCUCUUGUUUCUAACGUUGCUGCUUCUUACUGAUGCAAAUAUGUAUUAGAUUAAAACGCAGACAGAUUCUCUUCAGAUGCACCACAGCUGCUUUCUGCUGUGCGUCAGCUGCUUCCUGAUCUGAACCAACCAGUUUCUGCUGGUUUUAGUCACAGCUGCUGCUUUCUUAUGAGUAUUUACUGGUUUCUAUUGAACACCAGCUUUUUUCUAUUGUGUAUCAACUAUUUUCUGAUGAGUAUGAACUAGUUUAUAACAUAGACUGUAAAUAAGAGUUGGAGCUAGUCUUAGUUCACACCAGCUGUUUUUAUAAUGUGCAGUAUUUUUUAUCUGAGGUGCAGAAACAAUUUCCACUUUUAAAGUUCACCACCUACUUUCGACAAAACGCACCAAUGUUUGAUCUUUAAGGCACCACAGUGACUUUCUGUGCUAACUAGUAUCUGAUGUGUACUAACCAGCUUCUAGUACCCUCCAGAUAGUUUUGUAUGUAUACUAACAGGUCUCUAUAGUGCACUAACUAGUCUCUGAUGUACACCAGUAAAUGUGCACUCGCUAGUUUUCUUAUGUGCAGUAACUAGUUGCUAAAGCAUACUUACCAGUUUCUUAUCCAUACUAGUUCCCUAUGUGUACUAACUAGUUUCUGAUGUAAAUUAGCCAGUCUUCAUAUUUAUACCAACUGGUCUCUGAUGCACACCAGCUGCUGCCACCUGUACACCAGCUAGUUUUUCUAUGUGCAGUAACAAGUUUACAAAGCACACUAAGUAGUUUCUUAUCCAUACUAGUUUGUGAUAUGUAUUAGUUUUGUUAUGCCUGCUAACUAGUUCCUUAUGUGAAAUAACCAGUGUCUGAUGCAUACUAACUAUAGUGUGCCACCUACUUUCUGAUGUACACCGGCUACUGUCUAAUGUGUACUAGCUAGUUUUCUCAUGCGUAGUAAAUAGCUUAUGAAGCACGCUAGCUACUUUAUGAUGCAUGCUAACUCAUUUCUUAUCCAUACUAACUAGUUUUUAUUGUGGACUAGCUAGUUUAUUUUCCUUACUAGCUUCUUGCUUAUGCAUGCUAACUAGUUUCUGAUGCGCACUAGCUAGUUUAUUAUCCACACUAGUUUGUGAUAAGUAUUAUUUUUUAAGCAUACUAACGUCUCUGAUGUACACCAGUUACUGUCACGUGUUCUAGCCAGUUUUCCUAUGUGCAGUAACUAGUUUCUACAUGCUAACUAGUUUCUCAUCCAUACUAGAUCCUGAUGUUCAUAAGUUUUGUUAUGUAAACUAACUCAUUUCAUAUGUAUACUAACUAGUUUCCAGUGUGUAAGCUGAUAGCAUUUUUUAUCCAUACUGGUAUGUCAUAGGUGCUUCUUUUGUUAUGCAUACUAACUAGUCCCCGAUGUACACCAGCUGCUGUCUGAUGCAGUAACUAGCCUCCACAUACUAACUAGUCCCUGACGUACAGUAACUAGUGUCAGUUUAGAAUAAGUCUGAUCAGUUUGUGUGUCUGAUGCAGUAACUAGCCUCCUGAUGUCAGACAGUGUUUGUCUCUCUGUGGUCAGACGAAGGUCGUCAGUCGUAUUAAUCAUCAGAUCAGACUGAUGUCGUGCCUCAGUAAGCUCCGCCUCCUCGUGUCUCUGUGCCUCCUCCUUCUAUAUUUAUAUUUAUAUACCUCAGUCAGUAAAGUUAAUGUGUAUAUAUGAGCUGAUACUCAGAACCAAAGACUGGAUGAUGUUUAUCAUGUCACAGAAGAAGUCUUAUUUGUUUCUCUGCUCGUGUUUCUAUAUUUUUCUACAGAUGUUUUUAUUGUGCCUUUAAUCUCUGUAAACAUGUUUACAAACAACAGAUAUGAAUAUUUAUGUGAAUGUUAGGAUCCUCUCUGCUCCAUGAAAUAUGACACACACACCAUUUAUCACAAUGUGAAGAACAAAACUCUUUAUUCAGUUUAUUUUAUUCAGUUUAAUAAUCUUCUUCAUCACUGCAAAAUCUGUCUUUUACUUUAAUCUCUCACAGAUUCACCUUUUUUAUUAAAAACAACUGUGUAAAUUGUGUUUUUAUAUAUUUUAAUAUUUCCUUUUCCAUAAAAGUUUUAUCACCUGC